UUAACGUAGUUUUGCUAUUAAAAUGUAUAAAGCAUUUGAGUUAAUCGGUUCAGAUUUUAAAGCUGCAUUAAUAAAUGGAACGUACGUUACAUUUCUUGACCCAUUGAAGUAAAAACAAAAACUUUGAACUUUCUAUCAUGAAUUCUGUAACAAAUCAAAUAUUGAAAGUUUUUAAUAAGAACCCUGCAAAUAUUUCCCUGGCAUUGAGAGCCAUGUCUUCGACAGCCUAUUCUACAUUAAAAGUGACAACACCUAAGGAAUGUGUGGUUCAUGUAGAAAUAAACAGACCAGAGAAGCGCAAUGCUAUGAAUGGAGCAUUCUUUAAAGAAAUCGGUGAGUGCUUCCAGAAGCUUGCUGAUGAUGCAGAGUGUCGGGUAGUGGUGUUGUCUGGAGCGGGAAAAAUAUUUACUGCAGGGCUAGAUUUGACUGACCUUGGGGCAGUAAUAGCUAUUCGGGAACAUCCAGAUUAUGACACUGGUAGACGGGCUUUCAAACUGAGGCAGUUCCUAACAGAGUGGCAAAGGAGCUUUAGUGCCAUAGAAAAGUGUAACAAGCCUGUGAUUGCAGCAGUGCACAGCGCCUGUGUUGGGGGUGGGGUGGACCUGACAUCAGCCUGUGACAUCAGAUAUUGCUCAGAGGAUGCAUGGUUUCAAAUCAAGGAGGUAGAUCUGGGGCUAGCAGCUGACCUUGGCACUCUGCAGAGAUUCCCCAAGGUCAUUGGCAACGACAGCUAUGCAAGGGAGCUGGCUUUCACUGCAAGAAAGUUUUAUGCAACUGAGGCAAAACAAAUGGGAUUUGUCAGCCGCGUGUUGCCUGACCACACCUCCCUCCUGGAGGCAGCCCUUGAUACAGCGGCUCUGAUUGCUUCCAAGAGUCCGGUGGCUGUGCAAGGCACAAAGGUCAGCAUGGUGUACUCCCGGGACCACACCGUGCAAGAGGGACUGGAGCACAUUGGUAUAUGGAAUCAAGCCAUGCUACAGAGCACGGAUAUGAUGGAAGCAGCAGUUGCUCAAAUGCAAAAGAAAGAAGCAAAAUUCUCAAAAUUAUGACAUUCACACAGACAUUUUAGUUAAUCUUAAUUUGUACUCAAAUUCAUCAUUGUGUUAGGAUACCACCAGUGUCAUGUGAAAAUGGGUCUUAUGCCACAUGCAACCAGCGUAGAACCAGGCAAUCAUGUAGCCAGACUAGCCUGGGCAGUCAGGGAAAGAUCUACCCUGUCAGUUAUAAAGUAACAAAAGGUUUCAUGGUCUUGUUAUUAGGCAUAUUGGGAUCUGAGCAGUCUGAGCGAGUGCACAGGAUGUUCUUGAGCUAUGCUGGCUCCAUAUGGCAUAAAAUCCAUUUUCGCAUGAAGCAGCUCAUAUUUCUUUGUUUGUGCAGACAGCACAUAGCAAUAAACUCAAGACAAGGGCCUCUGCAUCUUGGCGGCCAUAUUUUGGCAAGCGACACACUAAAUUCUCUGUGGUAUUUGAAUAUCAUGCUUCCCUUUUUCUUAUUGGCCAAGAUAUUGGUAUUUGCUGUGCCAAUCAUGGUCUAUGACAUUAAAUAAUAAUGGAUGUACUUUUGCAUACAUACAUUCAAAGUGAAAAUACGCCUUAAAUUGCCAACUUAAACCAAAUUUACCAAGUUAAAAUGAAUAUUUAUGAACUAACCUUUUAAAUAUUUACUUCUGUCCACUUUUUAUUCGGAAAUUUAUCCUCCGUCAAUUUUAUUAAAAUUUAAAACAUACUAAAAUACAAUCAAAUGACCCAGGCAUUAUAAAAUGUCCAAUAAAUUGUGAUCAUAUGCUUACUGUUGGCUUUGAUGCAAUUAAUAAUAUUUAUUUGUACAUAUUGUUACUUUCAUUUAAUUAUUGUUGGAAACAUAAUUAAGAUUAUCAACCCAAAUAUGA